CAAAAGUGCGCAUGGUGGCGCAUCGUUUGUCUAUUGGGCUUAAAUUGCGUUCGUAUCAUAGGUUAGAAUUGUUUAAAAUUGGGUUAGAGAGAUUCAUUCGUGUAUGACAAAGUGAUAACUUCUAUUGUUGUAAGGAACUGCAGUUGUAACAAAUUAAAUAAAAUGUUUAAUAACAUGAGAAGAUGCCUGACAGUCUCAGUUAGGAUUCAAAGGAAAUUUUUCACGCGAUCGAGCCACGAGAGUGUCUUGUCGUCUGAGCUCUAUUUUUCGAGCGUAAACGUUCCGUGUUCAAUUAAUGCAAUCUACAAGCGAUUUUACUGUCACGCUGUGCUCGACGAGCCAAAUUUAACGAGCUCCGAGUUGAGAAAUCGAAAGCGAGAAAUGGACAAGCAGAAGCUGGAUGAGUUUCUGUCCAACCCCGAGAAUAACAAGCGCUUUCAAAUGCUAGAAUUAGAAAUGAACGUUAUGCGACAUAACGCCGAAAGAGUACCUAAUCAAAUUGAUCCGUCAGACUGGUUGACGCUGUUAGACAUGAGGAGCAAUUCAAAGAGAAAAAAGUACCUUGAUUACUUGUGGCGUAAUGAGAAAACAGUGGAAAAUGAUAAGGCGAAGAAAGCAUUGAAGAAGGCUGAAUGGCUGGCUGAAAAAAAGGAACAAGAGGAAAACGAGGAUGGUGGAAUGAAAUAUGGACUCUUGCAUAACACAAUGUUUAUGCGUAUAUAUGACACAACUAUAAACCGUUUUUACAAUGGCAAAUUAAUUCAGAGUUUGAUGUUUGAGCCAAAGAUAGUGUUUGAUUGUGGCUAUGAUAAUGCUAUGAGUUCACGCGAGAUACACAAUUGCGCUAAGCAACUGUCUCUGGCGUUUGCCAGCAAUCGCAACCACGUCGAUCCUCUGAGUCUUUAUUUCUGUAAUUUUAACAAGGACGGAUUACUCAAGCAGCACCUUGUUCAAAACAUACCUACUUUGAUGCAAGAUGAUUUUCCGGUGGUAAUAACGUCGCAAUCUUACUUAGAUAUAUUUCCGAAGAAUGAGUUGGUGUAUCUCACUCCACACUGUAGAGUUAAUUUAACCGAAUAUGAUCCAGAUGCGAUCUAUAUCAUAGGUGCAUUGGUAGACAAGUCCAAUUCGCAACCAUUGUCGUUGGCAAAAGCUAAGAAAGAAGGUAUUCGGAUGGCGAAAUUUCCUAUAGACCAAUAUCUCACCUGGGGCGCUAGCUCGUCAAGGAGUCUUACGCUUGACCAGUCGAUUAGGAUAAUGUUGGAUUUGAGGCACACAGGAGAUUGGAAUGAAGCAUUAAAGAACACUCCGACCAGAAAAUUAAAAUCUGCUAGAGAACAGCAGUUACGAUACAAACUGCAGAGGUCUAUGACUAAAGACCUAGACCAGAGACCUACACCAGAGACCAAGGAGCUCAAAACGCCAUUAAAUUUUACGUUUCAGAGUAGGAAAAUAAAUUAACAUUUUUUCAUUAUUGUAUAUUAGACUACAGCAAAUUAUAUGAGAGAUAAUUAUAAUUUUGAAAAAGAAGUUUAUUAAUUAUUUCACUCUA